CCCAAACCCAGCCCUUCUCUCAGCAUCUCUCUCUCUCAUUCUCAUUUUAUUCCUGCCUUGUUUCGUCUCCUCCCCACCUCCGAUAGCAUCUAAUCGCCUCCCUUGUCUCGAGAGGUGUCGCCGUCGACCCCAAGCACGGGAUCCUCCCGCCGCCACCGCAGUUGUUGCCGCCGCCUCUUGGUCAUCGGGCGAUAGCCGCCUCGUCGAUACCCGUCAAGCUUUAUAAAUUUUAGAUAUACUACAAUGGAAGUGAAUAAUGGGCCAGAUGCGAUAGAUUCUGCACCAAAUGCUUCUUGUUUUGAUGUUGCAAGUCGAUCUAAAGUUGGGAAACCAGUGGAAACUGGGGAACUGAAUGAUGCCCAGGCUAAGGAUAUAUUUGUUUAUAGACAAGAUGUUGUCAAAUGCUGUAAGCGUGACGGCUUGCUUGGAAUUGUUGUGCAAGUAGCUGGUGACUCAGAUUCUGAAGGCAGCAUCUCAGAUGACGAUGGCAGUGAGGAAGAUGGGAAUAAGGUUGACGAAAGUAAUGGAGGCGAUAAUGGUGUUAUUAACAAUAAUAUUGAAGGUGGUGACAAUAUUGGUUCUCUUCAAGAUGGACAAGUGAGAGUAACAUGGAGUGAUGGUUCUGAGACAAUGGAAAAUACUAGUGAUAUCACGGUUGUAGAUAGGAGCUUCCUGCAUGGUGAUAUUGUUGCUUCUGCUACUGAUCCAACUGGACAGUUAGGGCUUAUUGUUGAUGUCGAUAUAACAGUUGAUUUACUUUCUCCAAAUGGUGAGGUGAUAAGAAACGUUUCCUCUAAAGAUCUUAAACGCAUAAGGGAAUUCAGUGUUGGUGAUUUUGUAGUUCUUGGACCUUGGCUUGGCCGAGUGGAUGAAGUUUUAGAUAAUGUUACUGUUCUGUUUGAUGAUGGAUCCGUGUGUAAAGUUGUGAAGGCUGAUCCUAUGAGACUGAAACCAGUUUUGAAGCCAAUUGUUGAUGAUGCAGAUUGUCCAUACUACCCUGGUCAAAGGGUUAGGGCUGUUUCUUCUUCUGUUUUCAAAAGUUCCAGGUGGCUUUCUGGCUUGUGGAAAGCUAACCGUCUUGAAGGUGCUGUCAUCAAAGUUCAGGCUGGCUCGGUGGUUGUCUAUUGGAUAGCUUCAGCUUACCUUGGUGUCGGUACUAAUUCAGCAACUGUUCCUUCUGAGGAACAGAAUCCAAAGAACUUGACUCUGUUGUCUUGUUUUUCACAUACAAAUUGGCAAUUAGCUGAUUGGUGUCUCCUUUCAUCUUAUCCACAACCAUCAACCCUUGUUGAUAGCAUUCCAGGAAACAGUAAGUUGAAGGAGCCCGGGAGCCACUACAUUUCUCAUGUUCAGAAUAAUCAUACAAGCUCUUGCAUUCUUGGUGAAGGAUCAUCCACAGAUGCCCCUGAAACAGAGGAUACUGUUGACUGCUUUCAUGUCAAGUCUAGUCAUGCAAUCAGCUCUGAUGCCCAUGAUGCUCAAUGCACAUCUGAGCAAGUUACUGAUGGAUUAUCUGAAGGUAUUUUGUUGGAUGGGAAUUGUCAGUCCCAAGCCGAUGAUUACUCGAAUCAUGAUAAAACAGCUAAAUUAGGUGAGACUAAUGGAGCUGAAUCAAAUGACUUGCCUGAAAAUUGUUCGUGCAGUAGUUCAUCUUCAGUUUCAAAGGAGCCUGCUCAUGAAAGCUGGCCAGCUUAUCGUAAGAAACUUCGAAAAGUCUUUUUUAAGAGAGAUAAGAAAGCUCGAAGAAGAGAUGAGAACUUUGAAAAAGCUCUUCUCAUUGUCAACACUGUUACCAAGGUUAAUGUAGCCUGGCAAAAUGGAGAGAAAGAAUUUGGGCUACAAUCAACAUCUCUAAUUCCAAUUCAUACUCCAAAUGAUCAUGAAUUUUUCCCAGAACAGUAUGUGAUUGAUAAGGCAUCCAACGAAGGAGAUGGUGCUUCUGAAACAAAUCGCCUGGGAGUUGUAAGAAGUGUGAACUCCCAAGAGCAAACUGUGUGUGUGAGGUGGCUUAAACCUGUGUCCAGGCCGGAAGACUUAAAGGAAUUUGAUCAUGAGGAAGUUGUUAGUGCAUAUGAGCUUGAUGGGCAUCCAGAUUAUGAUUACUGCUAUGGUGAUGUUGUUGUUCGCUUGCCCCCUGUUUCUGAUGAUACAACAAAAUCUGAAGUUCCUACCGAGACACAAGAAUAUCAGCGCCGUACUCAAGACACAGCAGAUGAUUCAAGCAGGGAACACAAAGACAAUAGUGAAGAGAAUCAGACCCAAAAUGAUGAAAUUUGUGGGAACUUUACAAGUUUAUCAUGGGUUGGAAACAUAGUUGGUCUCCAAGAUGGUGACAUCGAAGUUACAUGGGCUGAUGGGAUGGUAUCAAAGGUUGGACCUCAGGAAAUUUAUGUUGUUGGUCGAGAUGAUGAUGAUGAUGGACUUAGUGAUGAUGGUGCUAGUUGGGAAACAGUCGAUGAAAACGAAAUGGAUAUAUUUGAUGACACUGAAAAGGAAGUUGAUCCACAAAAUCCUACUGACAACACUGUCCAAAGGGAAAAGAGUGCUACAACUUCAGUAGAAGAUGGUACCGGUGGACGAAGUGGACCACUUGCAGUACCACUUGCAGCUCUUGAUUUUGUUACUAAGUUAGCCACUGGAUUGUUUUCUCGGACUAGAAAACAGUCUGACUCAUCAGGUUCAGAUCAGAUAAUUGCAAAUGAAGAUGGCCAUAAAGCAGAUAUUGACCUUUCUGGAAGUACAUUAGAUGAGGCAUAUGAGAAUAGAGGUUUUGAUGUAUCAGAUGGUCUUAUUGAAGAAAGCAUGGAUGAGACUGUUGAAGUGGAGAAUCAGGUGGCAGCAACAGAAGAGGCUGAACUGAAAAUUGAGGACAGCAUAGUGAAACCAACAUUGAUGGGACUAUAUGAUGGAAAUCAAAGAGAUUAUAGUAUGGAUGAUCUAUGUAAUUUCAGUCACUUUGAUGUUACUGAAAAUCCUUUGGAUCAUCAUUUUCAUGGUGAUGCUGAGAUGAGUAAUGGUGGAAGGAAGUGGGUCAAAAAGGUUCAGCAAGAAUGGACCAUUCUUGAGAAGAACCUACCUGAUGCUAUUUAUGUUCGAGUGUUUGAGGACCGCAUGGAUCUCAUAAGAGCUGUAAUAAUUGGAGCCUGUGGAACCCCGUAUCAGGAUGGCCUCUUCUUCUUCGAUUUUCAACUUCCUCCAGAGUACCCUCAAGUUCCACCGUCAGUAUAUUAUCAUUCGGGUGGCCUGCGAGUAAACCCCAAUUUGUAUGUGGAUGGGAAGGUUUGCUUAAGCCUGCUAAAUACAUGGACAGGCAAGGGAAAUGAAGUCUGGGAUCCUUCGUCUUCCAGCAUCCUCCAAGUCCUAGUUUCACUACAGGGAUUGGUUCUCAAUGAUAAGCCAUAUUUCAAUGAAGCUGGCUAUGAAAAACAGAUUGGUACAGUUGAAGGCGAGAAGAAUGCUUUACCAUAUAAUGAGAAUACAUACCUACUUAACUUGAAAUCCAUGCUGUAUCUUUUGAGAAGGCCCCCAGUGCAUUUUGAGGUCUUCGUCAAGGACCAAUUCCGCAGAAGAGGUCAUUACAUUCUUAAAGCCUGCGAGGCCUACAUGGACGGCUGCCUGAUCGGUUCACUUACAAAGGAUGCCUGCCUAACUGAGACGAGCCGCAAGCACUCUUGUUCUGUUGGUUUCAAGUUAACACUGGCAAAAAUUUUGCCUCGGCUGAUUCCUGCAUUAAAAGAAGUAGGAGCUGAUUGCCACCAAUUCGAUUAUCUGCUCAAGGUUGAAAACCUUUCAGAAAGUUGAACAGUCCCAAAGUUUUUCCUGGUAUGCUUCAACAAGUGUAUUCUGGGAAUUGGUUUGUUUCAUGUGUAAAUUGAUUGGCACCCACCUGAGAGAGGCUCACUUCUUGUUUCAUAAAGCAUGUAGGAAACAAUUCCUAGAUGUGGUCAGUAUUCAUUGUGGAACCCUUUUGUGCCUAAUAUUCUCUUAUCAUCAUUUUUUUUCUCCUACACAGAGCCAGCCUCAUGUAGAAUACAUAUUUUUAUCUCAUAUUGCCAAUGGCUUCAUGU